GUGGAAUUGGGUACAGAGUAGAGAGUGAGGAAGCACCGAAAACAGUGAGCAACAAAAGAAAAGAAAGGGUGAAGUUCACAGGCACAGCGCACCAGUGGUGAAAGAGCGACCUAGGGUUUCAACUUUCCACUUUUCUCUCAAGAAAAAUAAAGAUCGAGCAGAGUUGAUUGCAAUCCCAUGGAGAGAGAUCGGUGAAGCGGCGAACCAGAUCUCCACGUAGAGGUAGAACUUGAACGGAGUUAGGUAUUGGAGCGUUCAAUUGGCGGCGGCAAUGUCCUGCAAGGAUGGUAGCAAAAUCGGAAUGGAUAACGGAAAGUAUGUCCGUUACACGCCUGAGCAGGUUGAAGCCCUGGAGCGGCUCUAUCACGAUUGCCCUAAACCCAGUUCCAUUCGCCGCCAGCAGCUCAUACGCGAGUGCCCCAUUCUCUCCAACAUUGAGCCCAAACAAAUCAAGGUUUGGUUCCAGAACAGAAGAUGUAGAGAAAAGCAGAGGAAGGAGUCGUCGCGGCUGCAAGGUGUAAAUAGGAAGUUGACUGCGAUGAACAAGCUGCUGAUGGAGGAGAAUGAUAGGUUGCAGAAGCAGGUCUCUCAACUGGUGUAUGAAAAUGGUUAUUUUCGCCAACACACCCAAAAUACUACGCAGGCAACCAAAGACACAAGCUGUGAAUCGGCUGUGACGAGUGGUCAGCACAAUUUGACAACUCAACAUCCCCCACGGGAUGCGAGUCCUGCAGGGCUUUUGUCCAUUGCAGAAGAGACUCUAGCAGAAUUUCUUUCUAAGGCUACUGGGACUGCUGUUGAGUGGGUCCAAAUGCCUGGAAUGAAGCCUGGUCCGGAUUCCAUUGGAAUCGUUGCUAUUUCUCAUGGUUGCGCUGGUGUGGCAGCAAGAGCCUGUGGUCUAGUGGGACUAGAACCCACUAGGGUUGCAGAAAUCCUCAAAGAUCGGCCUUUGUGGUUUCGCGAUUGCCGAGCUGUUGAUGUUCUCAAUGUGCUGCCCACAGCAAAUGGUGGAACCAUUGAGCUGCUUUACAUGCAGCUAUAUGCACCAACCACAUUGGCACCUGCUCGAGAUUUCUGGUUGUUGCGCUACACUUCUGUUUUAGAAGAUGGCAGCCUAGUGAUCUGUGAGAGGUCUCUGAAAAAUACUCAGAAUGGUCCUAGCAUGCCUCCUGUGCAGCAUUUUGUUAGAGCAGAGAUGCUGCCUAGUGGGUACCUGGUCAGACCUUGUGAAGGAGGUGGUUCCAUCAUCCACAUUGUUGAUCAUAUGGAUUUAGAGCCUUGGAGUGUGCCAGAGGUGCUACGUCCACUGUAUGAAUCAUCAACAGUUCUGGCUCAAAAGACAACUAUGGCGGCCCUGCGUCAUCUAAGGCAGAUUUCACAUGAAGUUUCUCAGUCUAAUGUCACUGGGUGGGGCAGACGACCAGCAGCUCUACGAGCUCUUAGCCAAAGAUUGAGCCGGGGUUUCAAUGAGGCACUCAAUGGAUUUACUGAUGAGGGAUGGACAACGAUCGGCAAUGAUGGUGUAGAUGAUGUUACUAUUCUAGUGAAUUCAUCCCCUGACAAGUUAAUGGGUCUGAAUCUUUCUUUUGCCAAUGGAUUUCCGUCUGUCAGUAAUGCAGUGCUAUGUGCCAAAGCAUCAAUGCUAUUACAGAAUGUGCCCCCAGCCAUUCUCCUAAGGUUCCUGCGGGAGCAUAGAUCGGAAUGGGCAGACAACAAUAUGGAUGCUUACACAGCUGCUGCUAUUAAAGUUGGCCCUUGCAGCUUAUCUGGAUCCCGUGUUGGAAAUUAUGGAGGUCAAGUUAUACUCCCUCUAGCACACACAAUUGAGCAUGAGGAGUUUUUGGAAGUCAUUAAAUUGGAAGGAGUUGCUCAUUCUCCUGAAGACACAAUAAUGCCCAGAGAAAUGUUUCUUUUGCAACUCUGCAGUGGAAUGGAUGAGAAUGCUGUUGGCACCUGUGCUGAACUUAUAUCUGCUCCAAUUGAUGCUUCCUUUGCUGAUGAUGCUCCCCUUCUACCUUCUGGAUUUCGCAUCAUUCCUCUUGAAUCUGGAAAGGAAGCUUCCAGCCCCAAUCGCACCCUUGACCUUGCAUCUGCCCUUGAUGUUGGCCCCAGUGGAAACCGAGCUUCGAAUGAAUAUGCUGGAAAUUCCGGCUGUAUGAGAUCUGUGAUGACAAUAGCAUUUGAAUUUGCAUUUGAAAGCCAUAUGCAAGAGCAUGUAGCAUCUAUGGCACGUCAAUAUGUUCGGAGCAUUAUAUCAUCAGUCCAAAGGGUAGCAUUAGCACUUUCUCCAUCUCAUUUGAGUUCACAUGCAGGGCUUAGGACACCAUUGGGUACUCCUGAAGCACAAACCCUUGCUCAUUGGAUCUGCAACAGUUACAGGUGCUACUUGGGUGUGGAGCUACUAAAAUCUAAUAACGAGGGGAACGAAUCUGUGCUCAAGUCCUUGUGGCAUCACUCAGAUGCAAUAUUGUGCUGUACUCUAAAGGCAUUGCCAGUGUUCACUUUCUCGAACCAGGCUGGGCUUGAUAUGCUGGAGACCACCCUAGUUGCAUUACAGGAUAUUACUUUAGAGAAAAUAUUUGAUGAUCAUGGACGAAAAAUUCUCUUUUCAGAGUUUCCCCAGAUUAUUCAACAGGGUUUUGCAUGUCUUCAAGGUGGUAUUUGUCUUUCAAGCAUGGGGCGACCUGUCUCGUACGAGAGAGUUGUUGCAUGGAAGGUGCUGAAUGAAGAAGAGAAUGCUCAUUGUAUUUGCUUUAUGUUUGUGAAUUGGUCUUUUGUUUGACAUUUUGUUCUGACUACACUUGUGCUUAUAUUUAAGUGUUAGAUAAAGAUUUACUCUAAGACACUUGUGCUUUGUUGGUUGGUCUUAAAUUGUAUUUGCUCUAAAUACUUGGAUUGCAUAUUAUAUGACUAUAUAUGUCUAAUAUUUAAUGUAACUUGUUUCCUUAUUCAA